AUGAAUCGCAACCGACGGGCCGAUGAUCUCGGGGCCCUGAUGCUCCCCUCUGGCAGCACCGGCUUCUCCAAAGCCCUAGACUGCGCUGAGCCGCGCCGCUUUCUCGACCUCGUCGACCGCCAUCGCAUUUUCCUCGGCUUCGCUCCCAACUUCUUCCUGGCCCUGCUGUACGACCGCAUCUGUCGGAUCACGCCGAAGCAAGAGGCUCAACCCGCUCCGACCUGGGGCCUCUCGGAUCUGCGCUGCGUCUUCUCCGGCGGAGAGCCCACCGUGCGGCAGCUCCUCCUCCGGCUGGUUCAUCACGUAAGACAACGCCUACCUAGAUGCCCACGCCAGCUGUACAUCACCGGCCGCUUCAACAACACGCUUCUACUCAACGGGGAGACCAUCUUCCCCGUCGAGGUGGAGUGCAGUCUCGAACAGGUGCGUAUCCCCGAUCUGACUUCGAGCUUCACGCUGGUCUUCGCCCACCUAGCCCCCGACGCCCAUCUGAGACCAACUGCCCAGCUACGCUCCGGACGAUGUUGCUCCCACGCAGUUAUCUCGAAAGAACCUCGGUCGGUAUGCCCUCCCGAUCCCACUUCCGGCGCCCUCGACACCGACCGUGAAGCCCACGAACCUCUUCAGCCUGGUCUCCCUCCCUCGACUUCCACACCGUCACCCAGGACCUGCACCAGACGUUCGGGGUUGUCUUACCCCUCCCGACCUUCUCAGGGAACCGACUGUUGCCGACCUUGCCCACUGCUUCGCCUCCGAAUAACUCACCUCCUCUUGAAAUACGAAAGACACCACCCAUGA